CGUCAGGGUUUAGGUCCGAGUUUUCGCGUCGAGCUCCGACCGCGCAACGUGCACGACCACGCUGCUACGGAUACAAGGAUAGGCACGAGGAAAAGGAAUAGAUCGCUUGCUUUUUCUUCGAGACGCCGGAUCAGUGCGAAAACUGGAUCGUCGCUCGCAGUGCCGAUCACGGAACGAGAAGAAAUUCUGUUGCGGAAGUUGGAAGAUUCUAAUCGUUGGGAAACAGGAGCCAGGAUCUGGGACGAUUGCUCGCAACGAUCGCUCGCGACGUGUUCUCGGUGAAUAGGCAGUGUUUGUGGACUAAGGAGUGACCGAGUAAGUUUAAACGUGCAGCUGCGUGCGCCGCCGAUUUGUCCGGCCUAUCAGCACGUGGCCGCAGGGGUGGGACUUCUUUCGGUGCGCCUCGCGGACUGGUAAGCGCAAGUGAACUCUGUGACAUUUGUCCAGUGAAACGUGCGAUUGAAGAAACAUCAAUUCGAGGAGUUGACUUUCUUGUUAGCUAUUUCAAAUUACGGUGAUUGGUUCCGAUUUACACUUUGUCAAGUGUAAAUCACGCGUAAGUGUGUGAGAACGUUCAGUCGCGGGAAGUGCGCAAGAACACAGAUGAAAAAGAAUUAACAUAUAAAAAAAAGAGACUCGAAAAGUUUUGACGUGAGAUUACAGAUCGAUCUGCCGAUCGAUCGCCGAGAAAAGAACGCACAAUCUUCCUCCAGCAACGCAUGUGUGUCAUCACUGUGCAACAGAAAACGAUGAGACAAGGACUCCGGUUCUAAUAAGCUUCUAAUUAUCGCGACGAGUGCGCUGAUAAUUACGACACGCGCGUGAUCAUCGCGUGGACACGUCAGUGUUUUUCAACGCGAAAUUAUACGUUACGAAGCGCAAGAGCUCUCGCGGCAGGCACAAAUAAAAUAAUUAAAACUUCAUUACACGUAAAGGUGCGCUAUCUGCCGAUUAUCUGUCAAGUAAGAUUAAAUCAGCAAGAAUAUUGUCUCGGAAACAUCCUGAUUGUUUGGAAUAUUUUGUGGAAAACAGCUCAAGGAAAGAGAGAGAGAGAGAGAGAGAGAGAAAGAGAGAGAGAUAGACGCCGUCGUCUUCCAAGUUUUAUCCGAUUGUUUCGCACAAGCGAGUACGGAAAACUAGGAGGUUGAAUCGACCAAGCAAUGUUUUAUCAAGCCGCGUGCAAUUAACUGUUUGCCUCUUAAUCGCUCCUAAUUACUCGCAAUUACCCGUUGUAAUUAAGUAGGCUGAUGUCAUCGGCGGCCGAUGUAUCAGUGACUCGUCCCCUUCUCGAUCCACGAUCGCUGUCAGCACGGCCUGUUAAUAUUCGUUGUAGAAAAGUUACCGGUGAAUCGUGAGCACGCGCGCGUGCCACGAAGACGGCGGAGAAUCAUCGAGAGAAUUUGAAGCGCGCAAGUCGUGUCGGUGCAAUCGCAGCGCAAUCGAAAGGCACGAGGGCAAGACAAGAUAUAUAUUGUCGGAUCGGCAAAGAUCGGCACGGAAACCGCGACGGAAUUACACCGUGGCGGAGGUAAAAUAACGGAGCCGCUAGCUAAACUCGCGUCAGGACGACGUCCCAAAUACAUCAGUCACAGAUCACCUCAGAUUACGAGUCCCCGGGAUGCAAGGCUGACAUGGCGGAGGGUUCGGCCGAGGAGGAACAGAGCAGUACCGCUGCGCCCGCUUCCCCGCCAGCUGAUCUUCGCACUCUGAACACCCAAUUGUCGCCGCCUUAUCACCACCAGUCCCAUCUCCAGCCUCGUCUUCAGCAUCUGCAGCAUUCCAACAUGCUGGCGACCGCCGUACCGCCCCGGCACAGCCACAGUAUGCUGUCUCAUCAGGUGAAAGCGGAGGCAGAGCUGGACGCCCCCUGCGAUGUGCCAUUGAAUCUCAAGAGCGAGGAGAGCGACAGGAGUAGCGCGGGAAGUCCCGAGCCGGCGUCAGGUGGAGGUGGUUCACUUCACGAGCAACAUCAAAUGAUGAUAGAUGACAUAAAGAAUUCGCGAAAGAGACGACGGAGUCCGUCGCCCGAAAAUCUCCAUCAGGCGAAGCGCGCGGCGGUCGCGCAGGCUCAUCUAAACGGAACGAUGGCCGGAAUGGUGACACUUCAGAAUCUUCAGAAUCUAGCGAAUUUACAAAAUCUCCCGCAAGUCGCAUCGUUAGCCGCCGGUCUUCAGGGGAUGACAGCAGGACUGACUAACAAUCAAUUGAUCAAUACCCCUCUGAAUUUAACCGUCAGCUCGUCAGGCGGAACGGUACCAACAGCUUCGAGUACGACGGCAGCUUCCCACCUUCUGCCACCUAGUUCGGCUCCAAUGGCGACGUUACCUCAGCUAUUAUCUCAACCGCAACCGGUCGCGAUGCCUCAAUUCAUCCUAACGUCCGGUCAAUUGGUUCAGGGCAUUCAAGGGGCUCAGCUUCUUAUCCCCACUUCGCAAGGAAUCGCCACUCAGACCAUCUUGACCAUACCGGUGAGUCACGUCACGAACAAUCAGAUGGUGAAUCUGGCGCUCAGUAACGGACAGGUAGUUUCUACGACGCUGGCGAACCUUCAGUCUCUAGCUCAACCGCAAAACAUGCUUAACACGCCUACAAGCAACGUUCCCACGAGCCCCAGCCUGGCGUCGGGAUUAGGACUGAACCCCGCCGCUUUACCGCACCUUCUGAGCAAUAGUUCGGCGAGCCAGCAACUUCUGAACGCGAUGCAGCCUCAGCAACUGCUUCAGGCCGCCCAAGCGGCACAAGCGCAAGCGGCGCAAGCUGUACAGGCCGUUCAGGUCUCUCAGCAACCGCUUCUAACAACGUCGCCUCAACAGCACAGUCACCGACACACCUCGCACAUGAAUCACUACACGCCGACGGAAAAACAUCACAGGGAACGACCGGAGCAAUCGUCGCCAUUGAACGAAUCCGUGGUGUCCGCCGCGUCCGCUCUGAACCGAUUGGCCGCCAGCAACGGCGAGAUCACCAUCACGACGACGCACGGACCCGGCGGUACCGGAGUCAAGGCGUCCCCGAGCAGUAUGCACAGUCCGAAGGAGGAGGAGGACGAUCUCUUGAACGAUUCACCGAAUCAACCUACGAUCAAUGAGGCCACUAACAACGUAGUCGACGGGAUCAAUUUGGAUGAGAUCAAGGAAUUCGCGAAGGUGUUCAAGCUGCGCAGACUGUCUUUGGGUCUGACACAGACUCAGGUCGGGCAGGCCCUGAGCGUGACCGAAGGGCCCGCAUACAGCCAAAGUGCCAUAUGCAGUGCCCUGGCUACCCAGAUGUACGCUGCGUCGCAGAUUGCCUCUCAGCAGCAAGCUACAUUCGAAAAGCUGGACAUUACGCCGAAAAGCGCGCAGAAAAUUAAACCCGUGCUCGAGAGGUGGAUGAAGGAGGCCGAAGAGAGUGCAUCUGAUUCCAGGUACAAGAGCGGCGUUAAUCAUUUGACGGACUUCAUCGGGGUCGAGCCGAGCAAGAAGCGAAAACGAAGAACCUCCUUCACGCCGCAGGCUCUGGAAUUGCUGAACGCACACUUCGACAGGAAUACUCAUCCUACCGGUAACGAAAUCACAACUUUAGCGCAUCGACUGGGAUAUGACAGAGAAGUGAUAAGAAUCUGGUUCUGCAACAAAAGACAGGCUCUGAAGAACACGGUAAGGAUGAUGUCGAAGGGGGUUGUAUAGGGAAGGAGCACAUCCUCUACCGAUCAACAGCCGAGCAACAUAUGAGAACAGCUUCAAGCUACGAGCGAUGAGAAAGACGAUUCGUGACGUUCUUCUCCUCCAAAUCGCGCUUCUUCUCUAGUAUAAAUAAACAGAAUCGUGCGAGAACGACAUUUCCGUGUUAAAAAAAAAAAAAAAAAAAAAAAA